CUGGCCUUGCAUAAUUGUUGUCAAAAUGACUCUUCCACCGACCCAGGCACAGUGACAGCCUGGCAGGGGCACAUCUGCUGCACGACAGUCUUGUCCCGAUGAUCGGACGAUAUUCACUACCUAUCAAUGCAUUUGAAAGGUAACUCGAUACAAUCUGUAGAUGAAAUGGCGAAAUUCUAUUCUGUGGAUGACACAAAAGACAAUUGAUGUAUUAUUGUUCGCUAGGUGCAAGCUAGCGGUGUGAGGCAGUCAAGCCAGCAAUGUCAACUGGUGUUAGCUAGCCUGCUAGCCCUGCAAUUUACUCUAUUCAGCCACAGUGAUUGAAUAAUGAUAGCCAGCUAUCGCAACCUAAACAAACAUUUGCUUUCCGGGGAUGAAACAAAGUGUCUAGCUAGCUAACGUUAGCUAUAUAUUGUGGGAAGAUUUUGCCCAAACGUCACUUACAAUAGCCUAGUUUAAAGCCUUACUUAGUUAGCUACUAGGUAACUUAAUGAUGACAGCUGACAUGGGCUUCGUCCAUGGGCGGUUUCACUGAAUCAUCUGCAGUCUAGCUGAACUGUCGGCACCGUUGUAACGUUAGACAAGCCGGUCCACGAGUGGUUACACUGUAGCUAGCGUGUGACUGGAUAGCUAUGCAAAAUUCUGUUUGUCACUGGCACACACAUUAUUUUCGGGCUGUGCAUUAUUGCCGAGCCCUGCCUUGUGGUAUUGAUUCGUAUAAUGAGUGAUCAUUAUGUAAAAGUGAAGGUUCAACUCGAACAAAUGAAAUCAUCAGGCGAGGGUGUGGAGAAGGAGGAGGCAGAUAUAAUCGAGGAUGAGGUGCUGGUGGCAUCCUCGCCCGCAUCUGUCUCCCCAAUCCAGGCUAGUGGUACCCCCGCAGCCCAAAGGGAAACACCCAAGACCUCUGUCACUUGCAGGAAUCAGAGUAAAAGUAGGAGCAAACUAGGCAAAGAUGAGAAGAACACCUGCACCAAGCAGGAUUCAGUCCCUGCACUGCAAGGGACAAUAGUAGCUUCCAAUGCCAAUUCGGGGAAACCUGUGAAUCGAAAAGACAAUGAACAGCAGAUGCUUCAAAUCAAAGGGACUGGGAAGAUGCUGCAGGGGAAGACGGAAACAAAUGGUAACACUGUUCCCAUCCACCUGCCGGAAGACAUCAAAGUAGGCCCACACAACAAAGAGGACGCCAACAAAGUUGCGAAGAGGAGGAAGCCAGUCACCGUGGACACGUUCAAAGCCAAAACCUCUUUGGAGGCACUGAAGCUCAGCAUCAGGCAGCUCAAAUGGAAAGAGUUCCCUGUGGGUAGACGGUCUGCCUGUGACAUCUACUGGCAUGGAGUCUCUUUCCAUGACAAUGACAACAUCAUCUCUGGACAGGUCAACAAGUUCCCAGGUAUGAUUGAGAUGCUGAGGAAGAUCAACCUGACCCGAGCUGUGAGGACCAUGCAGGAGCUGUUCCCUGAGGAGUACAACUUCUACCCCCGCUCCUGGAUCCUGCCCGAGGAGUACCAGCUCUUCUCCACACAGAUCAGUCUGGCCAAGGACAGUGACCUGUCCCAGAAGCCCACCUUCAUCAUCAAGCCGGACGGAGGGUCCCAGGGGGACGGCAUCUACCUCAUCCGUGACCCCGGCGACCUCAGGGUCAUAGCAGGGUCACAUACCAAGCAGUCCGUGGUCCAGGAGUACAUCCACAAGCCCCUGCUCAUCGACAAGCUCAAGUUCGACAUCCGUCUCUACGUGCUGGUCAAGUCCCUGGAGCCGCUGGAGAUCUAUAUCGCGAAAGAGGGGCUGUCGCGUUUCUGCACCGAGCCAUACCAGGAGCCCAGUCAGAAGAACCUGAGCCAUGUGUUCAUGCACCUGACCAACUACUCCCUCAACGUCCAGAGCGGGAACUUUGUCCACUCAGACAGCCUGUCGUCGGGCAGCAAGCGCACCUUCUCCAGCGUGCUCUACCGCCUGGCCUCUAAGGGAGUGGACAUUAAGAAGGUGUGGUCAGAUAUCAUCUCUCUGGUCAUCAAGACGAUCAUCGCCCUGGUUCCUGAGCUCAAGGUUUACUACCAGGCCGACAUACCGCCCGGCAAACCAGGACCCACCUGUUUCCAGAUCUUGGGAUUUGACAUCCUCCUGAUGAAGAACCUAAAGCCAGUUUUACUGGAGGUCAACGCCAACCCCAGUAUGAGAAUAGAACACGAGCAGGAGGUGUCCCCGGGGGUGUUUGAGUACGUCCCCAGCCCAGUAGAUGAGGAGGUGAAGGUGGGAGUCAUUAGGGACACACUUCGUCUCAUGGACCCUGCUCAGAAGAAAUCACUAACGUCCUACCCAGAGCACCAGCAGGAGGAGAUGUUGGGGUCACCAGUGAGGGGGACUGGGGAGGAGGGGCGUGUCCUGCCCUCUAUGUGUCUGAAGCAGGUGUUCCCUAAGUACACCAAGCAGUUCAGCUACCUGCGGACCGUGGAGCGCAUCACUGCCCUCUUCCUGCGCUUCCUGGGGGUCAAGGGCAACAUGCGCCUGGGGCCCACUGGCUUCAGAACCUUCAUCAGGAACUGUAAACUGAGCAACAGUCAUUUCUCCAUGGCGACUGUGGAUAUCCUCUACAUCGACAUCACACGACGCUGGGCCAGCAUGCUGCCUGACUCCAGAGAAGCGGGGAUGGGUCUGCAGGCAUUUGUGGAGGCCUUCUUCUACCUGGCCCAGCGCCGGUUCAAGUCCCUCCCCCUGAGGGAGCAGGUGGUGUCCCUGCUGGAGGUGUGUGAGGCUCAGCUGGAGAACCAGGGAAGAGGGGAUCCUGGAGGAGCUCUACCCGAGGACAGCACCGCCUCCACCAGGCGCUCUGUAAGCUGCGGCAGGACCCAGACAGGCAGGACUCAACACCCCCACCAUAUGUCAACCUCCGCCCCAGGCCAGGCUCUGUCGGCCCCCCAGCUCUGCUCCCCGGCCACCCCGCGCAGGGCCUCGUCCCAAGACUACAGGCUGCAUCAGAGACUACGGCCCACACACAAGGGCAAUGUAGAGAACUGACCCGACUGGGGCCUAAGGAGCUAUACUCACACACGCUCACCCACACACACACACUGCUAACAGAGGAACACAAAGACUGGCUCAAAUUCCCCCAGGGGGUCCUGUUGAGAGAAGAGACACAGAUUGUUGGGAGCUGACCUCAGAGGCUCAGCACCAUGAGGCCUUUUCUGGAAUUCAUUACUUUUCCUUAAAAAGAAGAGGAGGAAGUCCACAGGGUGGUUGAGGAAGUGGGAGAACGAGGUGUGUGUGUGUGUGUGUGUCAAGAAAGGCCACUCAGGUCCUGCGGGGGAGAUGGUUGGUUGUAAGGCCCUGCUUGAGAUGCAAUUAUUGAUUAAUAACUUCAGGGUCGGUUGUGUCUCGCUUCAGCCCUGUCGAGCAACCCACUGAGCAAUCACACACACACGCUCUCUCUUCAGGGAAACACACGUACUGCAGUUUUACACACAGUGUAUGUUGCGGGUAUGGAUCUGAGCAUUUCCACGAUAGCUUUAGAACCUACAACAUUUGCACAAAUGUGUGUGUGUGUUUGCAUGCAUGUGUGUUUAGUGUAUUUGAUAUAAUGGCCAUAAACUGUAAGGGCCAGCGGUUCUGCCAUUCGGCUGUUCCUGCUCACAGAACCAAUCAGUGAUGAGAUGUCUCAUCAUUGUACCAAAGGGAAAAGGACAUCCUCCCAGACAGUUCCGCCCAAUCACAAAUCGUCCCUUAGCCCAACAGUACCCCCAUGCACUGAAGACCACCUGAGAAGAUUGGAUGGUAUAUAAAUAAUAUGAAGAAAAAAACCCAGCCUAUCUGAAGACAAAGUGAAGUAAUUAAAGAAUUGCCAAUACCUAUCAUAUACUCUCAGAUCUCCAGAAGUGCAUAGGUUGUAUGGGCUAUGGUUUGAUUUGGGACUGGGCAUUUCCUCUCCUUUCAUAACAGCAGCUACUCCAAUAACAUAGCAGCCUUAGACAAACAGCAGUGAGAGAGACAGAUGGUUACUCAAAAUGGCCGCCACAGACACAAUAGGAGCACAUCUCCUUUGCUUUGACACCCUACAUGGGGAAUAGGAAGUUAUGAGACAGAACCAGGACUGUAUCAGGAGAAUGCUGUCAUUCAACACUGCUUGUUUACGAAUACUGUGUCAUCCGUAUCCAUAGGAAUGUUUUUGAAUUGUAUUUGAUUUUGUUCGUUUUUCUCAACAUAAUUUAUUCCCGUCAGUCAGUGUCACCUAUAAACAGUUGCUGCUUGCAGGAGAAUGAAACUAAACACUAAAGCUAUCAUAUUGGUUCCUUCAGUACCAUAUGGGCUGCUGCUUGUCCACAUGCCCAUAAUUAAGAACACACACUACACUACUAAGACUAUAGACGUUUGCUCCAUCUACUACUGUACUCCACCACAGCAUCUGAGAAUAGAGAUACUUAACCAUAACCUCCAUUGGGAUGUACUGUGCGUCUGUUCAUAGCACUGCAAUACAGAAUAAAGGACUGUAUUUAAACCA